AUCACGUGACCAGCUGCCAGCCAGGAUCGAACUAGGCUGCUACAGACUGUGCGCUCUGACGUGCUGCUUUGCGCUCCUCUCAAUACUGUUACAUGCAGCUAUUGUAUUCGCCACGGGAUUUGAGCUAUUCGCUUCGUUUUACCUCCCAUGUUUCCAGCGACGAAGGAAUGAAGAGUCUUUUCAAUUAAACGAUAUUGACAUGAAGAAGGACAUAGAGGUGCUGAUAGCUGAGGAACGUGCUGAGAUCAUCUCUAAAUAUAAUAAGGGUAGAGACGCAGGAGUUCAGAUCGAUCCUUGGGAGGAUGCAGACUACAGCAUAUACAGAGUCACAGAUCGCUUUGGAUUUCUUCAUGAAGAAGAAUUACCCACACCCAGUGCGCUUGAAGAGAAGCAAAAACAGGUGGAGAUUGAGAGGGUGCAGAAAUGGUUGAAGAUGCUGAAGAACUGGAGCAAGUACAGGAACAGCGACCGGAUGAUUAAGAGGGUGUAUAAAGGCAUCCCACUACAGCUGAGAGGACAGGCCUGGGCCCUGCUACUGGAUGUUGAGAAAGUCAAGAGCGACAAUGCAGGAAAAUAUGAGAGAAUGAAGGAGCAAGCCCAGCUGUACUCUCCAGAAAUCAAACAGAUUGACCUUGAUAUCAACAGGACCUUUCGAAACCACAUCAUGUUCAUGGAUCGAUUUGGUGUAAAGCAGCAGUCUUUGUUCCAUGUGCUCUCUGCGUACUCUGUUUACAAUACGGAAGUGAGUUACUGCCAGGGCAUGAGUCAGAUUGCUGCCAUACUGUUAAUGUUCAUGAAUGAAGAAGAUGCAUUCUGGGCUUUGUCCCAGCUCUUAACCAGUCAGAAACAUGCCAUGCAUGGAUUCUUUGUUCCUGGAUUUCCCAAACUUCAGCGUUUCCAAAACCACCACGACCAGAUUCUCUCCAAACUUUUACCCAAACUAAAGAAGCAUUUGGAUAAGGAACAGAUGUCCAGUGGGAUUUACAGCACUAAAUGGUUCCUCCAGUGUUUUAUUGACAGGACCCCAUUCACUUUGACCUUGCGUCUGUGGGACAUCUUCAUCCUUGAGGGUGAGAAAGUUCUGACAGCUAUGGCUUACACCAUCCUUCAGCUCCAUAAAAAACGAUUGCUUAAGAUGUCUCUGGAGGACCUGAGAGAGUUCCUGCAGGAGAAGAUAGGAGAGUCCAUCUACCUCAAUGAUGACCUUGUCAUAGAGCAGCUUAAAGUUUCCAUGUCUGAACUUCGCAAAAUGAAGCUUGACCUCCCACCACCAGCUAAGCCUGAUGAGUUUCCACGAAAACCUCUGGGUCUGGAGCUGCCCGUUGUUCUAACUCCAGUCAAGCGGCCCAAACCGAGCCCCGCAAAAGAUACACCCAACAAAGCCCAGCUCAUCAAACGGCCACCUGCCUCUCUGCACAUCUCUCUACAGCAGGAGUCCAUCAUGCUGGAUGACAGCCCUUCACAGGAAAAGAAGCCUUACAACGAUGGAGGGACUGGCAGCAUGUCUCCCCUCCCCUCACCGGACCCCGUCCUAGUGCACAGCCAGAUUCCCCUCACACCUGAUGGAAUGAUAGGAGCCCCCGAGGACGGCGGGGAAUGGCCUCCUCCAUACGAACCUCCUGUACCUGAGCUUAAUGAGACCCAAAACCAACCGGAGCUGUGCGACCCCACUCCACCUUCAAAUGUGGAUGAUAAAAAGCCUUCACAAACAUCUCAGAACUUGGAGCAGGACACUUCAGAGACAGCAGGGGGCAGUAUGGUGGGUGAUUUACCCUCAGACAAUUUCGAAUCUGUUUCCGUGCAGCCUUCUGUCAUUUCCACUUCUGAAAAUUAUGAGGGACAGGUAGGGGAUGAUGAAAGUCAGAAUAUGGACAAUUUUUCAGAAAGACUCUCACCUAAGAUCUCCUCAACAGCCUGUGAGCUGUCACAGUUACCUGCCAAACGAAUCCCCACAGUCCAUUCAGACCCUCUGUUCCAGCACCCGCAUCAUUCCAGCCAACACCUGCCCAAAUCAGAGACAUUUUAAGCUGCCAACUGACUUUUAUUCAAGCGCUUUGCCAGUGUUCCUGUGGAGAGCAUUAUUGAUUUUUCAGUUUUUCAGCAUUUGUCUUUUCAGCGGCUUAAGUUUGCUCUGGUUGAACUCACUUUGUGAUGCAUUUGCACAAACAUCGCAGCUGGCACAUAUGACAGAGAUCAAGGCUUCAUAGCAAAAGUGAGCUGGCUCACUGCUUAAUACACAACUCAACAUAUAGCAAAUUGAACCUAGAACUGCCUUCCAACUUUUCUCUCACAUUCUCUGGGGUUGUACAGAACCGCCACUCCGCCACACCACAUCGCCGCUGAUGUCUUUGCAAUUUCUGGGCCCAAAUUGAUUUUCAACAUUCAAAAUCAACCAUUAGUUAAUAUGCUAUCCAUAGUAAAAAUGUAAUAUAUUUAAAAUGCAUUCAUUUCAUGCUAAGUAUAGUUAACAUAUUUACUGACAAAAUUGCUCAAGACUUACUGAUAUUAAAAUUAUAAUUAAACUAUAUUCGGAGUACUACUACCUGAAGUAUACUUGCAAUAGUUCCACUUUAGCACAUUCAAAUAUACUUCUGUAUAUCUUUAGUUGGGCUUCAGCACUACUUCUGCACAAUUAAAGUGCAUUAAGUACAAAAUUAGUUGUUCCAAAUUAGUAUACUCAAAAAACAGCAGGGUAUUUUUAUUGAGUAUAUAAAUAUGUCAAUGUAUUUGUAGUAUACAUAGCAUUAAAUAACUGUAUUUCAAAUAUAUUUUAGUAUAUUUAUUUUUCACUAGGGAUGGCUCGACAGAAUAUUGCAAUUAUUUGUUAAUAUCUCAAACCACUCCAUGUUAAAUAAUACAGUAGCUUAUCCUUUCUGAUAAGAAAGUAGAGAGUUAUAUACUUGUAGUCUGUGGUAAUUUGAAUGGUUUGUGAUGUGAAUUGUUUGUUGAUACCAGCUUUAUGGUACGAUGCCAAUUUUGCAGUGUCCACAAGCCAAUAUUUAUUAUUCUGAUAGAAAACACCACAAAAUAGUUUAAUGGAAUGUGCAGCAGUCUGUCAGAGUAUGUUGAUCUCAAAAUUAUUUGGCACAGUUUCAUUGAGACAGCUGCAGUGUCUUUGCGAUUUAACUUCCCAGCUGAUGGCAAUAUUAAACAUGGCCUUUAAUAAGAUUCAACAAUAUUUUUCUGGUUGUUUCUAAACACAACUUUCUGUACAUUUGGUAUUUGAACUUGUUUUUCAUUUGUGUGAACAUUUUGUACAUUUGGCUUUUUAGAGUAUUGUAUUUUAAUGCUUAUGAUUUUGUAUUUGUAACAUAAAUGACUUAAAUGUCAGAUUUGCUUUCUGAUGUUCUCAUAGCAUAGGCUUGCUUUUUGUAAACAGUUAACUGGUCUUAGAAGGCUGUGCCCAGGAAGUGCUUCAGGUUUACAAUUUCAACAGAUUCAGAUUCUGCUUUGAGGUUACAUGUGAAUUGUUUUGCCAAACCAUGUUUCUCAACGUUAUACUGUAUAUAAACCAUACAAUUUUAAUCUAAAACAGAAUAGCUGGGAAACAGCGAAAAUACAUAUUCUAAACAUAAAUAAUUAUAAAUUAAUUACAUAACACAUCUUUAAGCCUGAUUGUCUCUCAGAAUAACAGUGUAAACUAUUGUAAGUCGAGCACUGUAUUGCUAUUAUACCAUUGUCUUGACAUUGAUGGUUUUAAAUUAUAUUACAGUAUGGACCCUGUCAGAUGCCUCUGCAAUGUCAUAUUUAUCUAUUUGAAAUGUAAAAAAAAAAAAAAUGUUUUCAGUGCAGUUUUUGAGUUAUGGACCAUGUACAUUCCCUUUUAAGGAGUUUUGAGAACUCCAACCAAAAGGCUUUGGUUUUAUUCAGUCUGUAUAUAGUAAAAUUAUGCUAUAACUAUUUACUUUGUUAUUGUAUGUUUGAAUUAGAUUUGCAUAAAUAGAAGUUUUCUAAUCUUGA